AUUAACUGCACUCCCGCAAGUGAAUCAAAGCGAAAUUCAUGAUUUUGAAGAUUUUAUACUCUGUCUUCUUCACAAACUAUCUUUGGCUAUGUACUGGCCUCACAGCUGCCUUCUUCCUCGUUCAUGUGGUGCCGUACUUGUUCGACAAGCAUCAUAUUAGGAGGAAUGACAUUUCUGGCCCACUCCUCGCUAGAUUUUCUGAUGCCUGGCUCGGAUGGGUAGCCGCACAAGGUCCACGAUCUGAAGUGGUUCACCAAAUACAUAAGAAGUAUGGUAAAUUCGUACGACUGGCACCCAAUCAUGUUUCCAUCGCUUAUCCAGAAGCAAUUGGCGAGAUAUACGGUCAUGGAAAUGGUACAUUGAAAACUGACUUUUACGAUGCUUUCCUCUCCAUCGAUCGCACUAUCUUUACUACUCGCUCACGAGAAGAACACACGAGGAAACGCAAGGUCAUUGCCCACGGCUUCUCCCAGAAAAGUAUAUCGCAGCUCGAACCGUACAUCCGUCUCCAUGUUGCCGAACUGUUCGAGAAGUGGGAUAAGCUAUACGAUGGUGGUAGAAAGGGUCUCACAGGCGUCGAAGGACAUAAUAGCUGGGAGGGGCACGAUGGACGUGUGUGGUUCAACGCCAUGCCUUGGCUCAACUAUCUUGCGUUUGACAUCAUCGGCGACCUGGCUUUCGGGGCUCCAUUUGGCAUGCUUCGUAAUGCGAAGGAUGCUGCGCCCACUGCAGUAGACCAGAAGGCGGCAAUGUCCGAGAAUGGUCAAGUGAACAUACAAGACCUGGAAAAACCGGUUGUGGCCGUUAGGGAGGUUCCGGCAGUGAAGGUAUUGAAUGGUCGAAGCGAGUAUUCCGCUUCGAUGGGCGUCCUUCCUCCGCGGUGGCGUCCAAUUGCACGCCUCCUGCCCUGGUAUGCAGAGGGUAGCAAAGAUGUGGAAGACCUGGCGGGUCUCGCAGUUGCAGCCGUCGCGAAAAGGCUGGCGAUCCCGACGGACAGGGCAGACAUACUGAGUAAACUCCAGCAAGGUCGACAUGAAGACGGGAGUCCAAUGAGUCGGGAAGAACUCACCGCUGAUGCUCUUACGGUGCUUAUAGCUGGGUCUGAUACGACGUCAAACUCAACAUGCGCCCUUAUGUAUUACAUAACUUCCAACCCUCGCGUUCAGGCCAAACUGCAGAAAGAACUCGAUGAAGCGCUUGUUUCAUUUGAUGAUCCUGUGACGAGCUACGACCUGGUCAAUCACCUGCCAUACCUUGAUGCUGUGAUUCAUGAAGGACUUCGCGUGCACUCGACAUUAGGAGUUGGACUUCCUCGUCUUGUUCCAGAGGGUGGACUCACUGUCUGCGGAAAGUGGUUCCCGGAGGGCACAGUCCUCAGCGCUCCAACGUAUACGAUUCAUCGUGAUCCUAAAGUAUGGGGAGAGGAUGCUGAUGUCUUCCGUCCCGAGAGGUGGCUUGAACGUGACCACGCUACUUUGCUGAAGGUGUUCAAUACGUUUUCGUAUGGACCGAGAGCAUGUAUUGGGCGUAAUGUUGCGACGAUGGAGCUGUUUAUUUUCAUCUCCUCCAUUUUCCGUCGUUAUGACCUCGUCCUCGAAGAACAGAACAAGCCGCUCGAGGUCCACGAGGGAUUCAUACGAAAGCCAAUGGCGUGUCGAGUUGGCAUGAAACGUCGUAACGUCUGAUGAUGAGUUUAGUAAUCGAUCGAGAACGAUGGCCAGGCAAUGCAUGCAUCGUAUCAACCGGAUGAAUCAGAAUAAGUGCGUUGUGAAUAGUGAAACAGUAGCUUACUUCGAGUAUGCAUAAUUAGUAGCCUACUCAAUUGAACUAUGCAUCUUUACCUUACC